AAAGAGCGUGUUGGCGCUGGUUCAUUUGGAACAGUACAUCGUGCUGAAUGGAAUGGAUCGGAUGUUGCAGUCAAGCUGCUUACCGUCCAGGAUUUUCAUGAUGAUCAGUUGAAGGAGUUUUUAAGGGAGGUUGCAAUCAUGAAACGCGUCCGUCAUCCAAAUGUGGUGUUGUUCAUGGGGGCUGUUACCAAACGCCCUCAUCUAUCAAUUGUGACUGAAUAUUUGCCCAGAGGAAGCCUCUACCGUCUGAUACACAGACCAGCUGCUGGGGAAUUGUUGGACCAGAGGAGACGUAUCCGUAUGGCUCUGGAUGUGGCCAAGGGUAUCAACUAUCUUCAUUGUCUGAGCCCACCCAUUGUGCAUUGGGAUCUGAAAUCUCCUAACUUGUUGGUUGAUAAAAAUUGGAAUGUAAAGGUGUGUGAUUUUGGUCUCUCAAGAUUUAAAGCUAAUACGUUCAUAUCAUCAAAAUCAGUUGCUGGAACUCCUGAAUGGAUGGCCCCCGAAUUUCUCCGUGGAGAACCCUCAAAUGAGAAGUCUGAUGUCUACAGCUUUGGUGUAAUAUUAUGGGAGCUUGUCACCAUGCAACAGCCUUGGAAUGGACUGAGCCCUGCGCAGGUAGUUGGUGCUGUAGCUUUCCAGAACAGGAGGCUGACUGUUCCACAGAACACUUCUCCAAUGUUGGCGUCUCUUAUGGAAGCCUGCUGGAAUGAUGACCCGGUACAACGGCCAUCCUUCGCUAGCAUUGUGGAUACAUUAAAGAAACUACUCAAGUCUCCGCUACAAUUGAUUCAGAUGGGAGGAACAAUGAAGAGUUAAGAUACUCUCCACUUAUCUAGGAGAAGAAUAAAUUCAUCAUAGUCCGGAGAUACAUAGUUUACGUAACGCUGACGAAAUCCACUCUCCACUUAUCUAGGAGAAGAAUAAAUUCAUCAUAGUCCGGAGAUACAUAGUUUGCGUAACGCUGACGAAAUCCGGUAAACUUUGCCCAACAACUGCAAAUAUGUUGGCUCUCUUCAACUUUUUGAAUGAUAAACAAGCCUCUGUUAGUUCCAGUUAUAGAUAAAGAGGCAUUUCUAAAGCUGUUUAAUUUCUUGCAAGAAACUAGUCUAAACUUUGUCAGCAACAAAUGUGAAAUUAUAAUUAUGUGGUAGUAUUUGGAGAAGUAUUUAUUCCCUGUAGAAGUCUAAGAUUAUGUAGCAUCCGGGGAAGUCUUUAUUCUAAUUGCAGCAAUAAUAAUAUAGAAAAGGUCAGUUAUUUAUGGUUUAUCUAUCUUUA